AUGUAACGUCACUUGAAAGUUAGAGCUAGUGGUUAACAUUUUAUUAACAUAAAAUUUAUUUUUUAUUUACUUAUCAUUUAAUUUAUUUAAUUAAAUUUUGACAACAGCCAUUAAAUUUUUUUAAAUUACAAUGGCUACACAAAAAGAAUUAGAUCAUUGUUAUGACUUUGUUAUGAAACUAACGAUCGAGUCAGCAAAGAUAAUCAGAGAUGCGAUACAAGGUGGAAAAAAUAUCGAAACGAAAGAUGGUGACUGGGAUUUAGUUACUGAGUAUGAUAAAAAAAUCGAAGAAAUUUUAAUUGAUGGACUUGUUAAAGAAUUUCCUACUCACAAAUUUAUAGGAGAAGAAACAGUUUCAAAAACCCACGUCCUUCCAAAAUUAACAGACGCGCCAACAUGGAUAAUUGAUCCAAUUGACGGAACGACGAAUUUCGUUCACUCAUUUCCCCACGCGUGCAUAUCAAUAGCACUUGCAGUUAAUCGUGAGCUAGAAAUUGGUAUCGUUUACAACCCAGUUCUCGAGCAAAUGUUUACAGCGCGUCGAGGACGAGGCGCUUAUCUAAACGGGAAACCGAUCAAAACUUCUGACGUCAAAGAAUUGCGACAUUCUUUGAUCUGUCUUGAAGCGUCAUACGCUACCAUAGAAGAAACCAGGGACAUAAUCCUUGGAAGAUUAGAAGCAUUUGUAACAUUGGCGCAUGGAAUAAGAACACUUGGCUCAGCAGCUUUGACACUUUGUUAUGUCGCGAUGGGUGCCGCAGAAGUUUAUCAUACCGACAAUUUAUAUCCUUGGGAUGUUGCUGCGGGUGUCUUGUUAAUUCGUGAAGCCGGCGGGCAUGUUGUCGAUACCUCUGGUGAUGAUUUUGAUUUAAUGAAACCCAGAGUUCUGGCAAUGGGUAACAAGAAACUGGCACCCGAACUUGUAAAACUUAUAAAAUUAGCAGACAUUAAAACACACCGUCGACGCGGCAGUGAUAAGAAUACUUUUAAUAACUACAACGGAAGCACGUAGAGAUAAUUACUCAGCAUAGAUGUGAUGUAUUUAUACGCAAAUUUAAAUAUAUCAGACUUAUGUAUCGUAAUGAGAUAACAUUUAAUUAAUAGUGUCAAUUAAUGGCUGAAUCACUCGACUAAACGUGCGGGAUUUUUUUAGUUUCUUAGUUUGUUUUUAUAGAGCUAUCAUACCAAUAUUGUUUACUAUUAAUUUUUUUUUUUUAAAGUUUAAUUUGUUAUAUGUUGGGAUUUUGUGUACAGAAAAAUUUACUUUUUAAUUAUUAACUAUUUUUUAAAUGAAAUAUUGUUACACUGACGAGAUUUUACAUAUCAAAGUUAUUUGCAGUUUGUGAUUUGAAUGUUAUAUAAAUAUAUAUACGAAAUUAUUUUUUAAGAUAUUUUUAAUAUUAUGAAACCAUGUUGUAUAAAUGAUAAUAAACU